GUCGGCGAGCGCCCAUGCGAUCGCGUCCACGGACGCGUCGGGUCGGUGGCGCGACCCUGCGGCAGCGCGGUGACCGUCCACGCGCGCAUCCCCCGCACCCCAUGGCUACACUCACCGCAUCGACGUCCGGCGACUCCUCACAGCAGAUUAGCGAGGCGGAGAAUCUCCUGGACACUCUCGUGCUGGACCCCACCUUGGCCGGGCCUCUCAGCUUGGUGACUGAGGUAUCUUUGCUUAAGUGGGUCAAGCUCAUAGCUGCAACAUAUACGCUGCUCCUGGUCCCCCGUACCUCGACACUUGUCACCCGGAUACUGGAGGAAGAGGGCGUCCUGGGAGAUAUCACAAUUUCUUUCUAUAACCUGCAGUUCAUACCCAUCGCAGAGGACGUCAUCUCGCUGGAGAACGACAAUGCGUUCAAGGAGCUAUGGGUCGACGGCGACGAGACGGUGAUAUACAACUCCAUGCAGGCUCUGGAUGGUCUGCAGCGUGUGUACGGCCCGUUCCCUCGAAUAGUCGGUAAAGGCGACUAUGCCUCGCGAUUAGCGAAUCUCCUCCACCGAAAUCCACCGACGUCCAGCCCGAGCACGAGUCAGGCCGCCCAAAGCCCCAUCGACUCCCUGAUCAUCAUCGACAGAGGGGCGGACAUGAUCACGCCCCUGCUCACACAGCUGACGUACGAAGGUCUCAUCGACGAGUCGUUUGGCAUCAAGAAUGUGCGUGAUACAGCGCAUGUCGAGCCCAACGCCGCUUCAUCAAGUACACCGCCAAAUCCAACGUCCACACUAGCGAAGGAGAAACAAAAGAAGCAUCAUCUCACCACAGCGACCGACCCGCUCUUCGUUGAACUGCGCCGGAAGCUGAAUCAGGUCGCACGACGGUUGGACGAGGACUACAAGCUUAGGCACCAAGCCAAGACGCCUGCGCAAUUGCGGGACUUCUCUGAACAUCAGUCCCUGAGACUUCAUACUGGGCUAUCUGAGAUGCUGUUCAACAAGUCGCUCGAGAUUCAACAAAAUCUCCUGGCCUCGUAUGACAUCCCUGCGCAACUGACCGCUAUCGAGGAGUUGAUAGCACAGGGGCAGAGAUGCAGCAUAAUCAGCGGCGGUAUCAAGGCUAAAACGCUAGAAAACAUGAAGCGUGAAAUUCUACAGGCCUACGGGUACAACCUCCUGCCACUGCUCCUAUCAUUAUCCGCGCCCCCAUUAUGCAUCCUCCUCCCGACCCCUCUGCCACCCUCCGCCCAAGCCACUUCCGCAGCGACCAAGUACCCUUACGCCGCGCUGCGCAAGUCCCUCCGCCUGCUCAUCGAGGAUCCCGACAACGUCGACGACCUCGAGAACGACAUCAGCUACGUCUACUCUGGAUACGCACCCAUCAGCGUGCGGCUGGUCCAGUGGUCGCGCAGAAGGGCGGCACGGGAGCAAGCUGAAGGGUUGCCGUCACAGAAGUCCAAGCGCACCCCAUUGUGGUGGAAGGGCUUCGAGGACGUAGCAGCGAGCAUACCGGCUGGAAGCCUGGACGGCGCGAGUGCGACGGCCUCGUCACUGAUCCUGCCAAGGGACACACCUACGACCACGCUCGUGUUUUUCCUGGGAGGGUGCACAUACACGGAGAUCGCUGCGCUGAGGUGGGUUGGCCGGCAGAACAAGGGGCGCAAGUUCUUGGUUGCUACGACAGGAAUUAUCAGCGGUGCGAGCCUGAUAGAGGGAAUCGCGGGUGUCGACCGUGCUGCUGCGCAUUCGAAAGAUGCUGCGCUCUAGUGAAGCCGGGAGGGGAGCUCUGCCACGCGCAGGGGGAGGCCGAUAGGCAUUGUGUGGAACUGGUUGCUAGUAUUAGGCCAUUAUCUAUGUGCCAGGGCGUGCUAGGGCCCAUAUGGAACUGUCGCGGAUCGGUUUGCUCUCUCACAUUUAUUUGGGCUAGCCUUCGUAGGAUGUUGCGGAGAUUCGUCUGGGCUGGGGCUGCUGACCUCCCGUGACGCGACGCGUCGUUGAAUAGCGGUCUGGCGACCGGGACCCCGGCGAACUGAUCUUGGCCCCGGACGCACCGUGCGACUGUCCUCCGGAACCGGCGCACCCAGCAGAAUGAGACCGGGUAGCACGUGCGCAGCGUACUGCCCAACUAGCUCGCAGAGACGACCGUUGAUCCUCCAAUCUCGACGUGCAUGGGCCGAAGGAUUGUGGAUAUGAGUGUCGAGAUACAGCAGUG